AUGCAGCAGGACAACACUCGAGCGGGACAGUCGGAGAACGCUCGAUCCGAACAUGGAAUAAGUCAAAAUGUAAUUGACGAAACGAAAGAAAACUACGGGACUAAAUCUGCCGUCGAUCGCGACGUGGGCAAGUACAUCCCCAAACGGCCCAACACGUCCACUGCGGGGUCUUCAGGGUCUUCUGCGUUCUCGUUACCUGAGAUAGGAAGCGGGAAGAGCCUAAGCGAGAGCGUCGAUGAAGCUCUGAAAGAUGCGUCCGGGUUGGCGGCCCAGGAAAAAGCUGAGAAGAUCAACGAGUCUGUGAAAGUCGGGGAGGAGGGUGAUAUGCAUGAUUUGGCGGCCAGGAAGCAGCCUUAA